UGUCCUUGUCCCCCGUGGGCAGCCUUGGUGCGUGCGUCCGCGGAUCCCCAGUUUCAAAGACCUCCCCCUCCCAGUCACCACCUCUUGAGACGACCCGUCUGCAGCCAUGAAGACCAAGAACCGGCCCCCCCGGCGCCGGGCACCGCUGCAGGACACAGAGGCCACGCCUGAGGAGCAGACAGUGGACAGGCCCCAGUCGGGCACAGGAAUAGAGCUGACCAAGGGUCUGCGGAGCAGGACCACCCGCGGAGCUGGGGCACGGGCAGAGAGCGGGCGCCGGAGGCCGGGCGCCAGCGGCCGUCGGGAGAGCAGCGUCCAGCGGCGGCUGGAGAGCAACGAGCGGGAGCGACAGCGCAUGCACAAGCUCAACAACGCCUUCCAGGCCCUGCGGGAGGUCAUCCCGCACGUGCGGGCCGACAAGAAGCUGUCCAAGAUCGAGACGCUCACGCUGGCCAAGAACUACAUCAAGUCGCUGACCACCACCAUCCUGACCAUGUCCAGUGGCUGCCUCCAGGGCCUGGAGGGGCAGGGCCCCAAGCUCUACCAACAUUACCAGCAGCAACAGCAGCAGGCGGCUGGGGGCUCGCUUGGAGCCACCGAGACCCAACCCCAGGGCCACCUGCAGCGGUACUCCACACAGAUCCACAGCUUCCGUGAGGGCACCUAACAGCCAGGCCCUGGGGUGGGCUGGCAGUGGUGGCCCAGCCUGCCCAGCCCAACCCUGGUCGUCCUUCCCGCAAGCCCCAGACCAGUUGGUGACACUCCAUGAGGUUGCAGGCCCAGCAGAUCCAUCUUCCCUGAAUGCUCAGCUCAGCCAUCUCCCUGGAGUAGGUUCUUCCAGUCGCCCAAGGGACAAGAAAGCAGUCUAGUCUGGGCCAUGACCCUGGGCAGCAUGAGCCCCAAGCCCCUCAGCACAUCCCAAGUUCUCCAUUUUAUCUCUGAGCCAAGUGGACUAGGCCUGUAUGGAAAGGCCCUCACCUUCCCAAGUGGACACCAGUGGGGGCCUCCCUCCUGGGCAUGGGGAGAUUCCAGGAAAAUGUUUGCUUACGAGUUCCCCCGCUAUUGCAGAAGCCAAGGCCGGGGAGGGAUCCUCCACACUCCAUUGUAGGGCAAGGGCAUGAGCUCAGCCCCCCAGUUUAGAGUAAGCCCAGGCCCAGGGCCCAAAGCCCCCCAGGGAAUGUGGCAGAGCCAAGAUGGUGGCUCUUCAGCCCCUGGAAACACUAAUCGAUGAUCUUGGGUUCUUCCUAAAGGGAGCUGGCGGGGAGGAGUUUCUUCCUUCUUAAGUGGGUGCUUCUGGGGAGGCAGCAGCUCUCCGGCUCUGCCUGUGGAGGGUCUCUGCGGGCCUGGGAGUCUGCGGCCCUGGUGCUGUGGGGCGGGGGGUGGAGAGGGGACCACGUUCCUGGAGAGAAGCUCCAGAGCCCCUGCACAGGGAGAGAGCUUGUCCUGGGCCUCCUGCAGGCUCCCGCCCCGCUUGCUAUUCAUUUUCAUUUCUGUCGCUGAUGUGGGGUCGCCAUUUAACUGGCACAAGACUUGAGGAUUUCUUGGGUCCUGUUUUGAGUUGUUGGGGUUUCGUGCAAAGAGGAGCCUGAGGUGGCAGGAGCGUCCCUCCCCCUACAGUGUACUCCCUAAUGGCAAGCACUGGGUGGCUUGGCAGCCCUACCGCCUCUGGCCCUGCUUCCGUCUGUCGGGGCGUUCCUGCCCCACUGGCUCUGCCGGACUCGGCCACUUUGCUGUCAACCCCUGCUGGCAUCUCCCCGUCCCUGGCCCUCUGCCCAGGGCUGUCCCAGAGUCCCCUGGGAGCCAGGCCCCUCCUGAGUUGCUGUGGGUGGGGGCCAUGAACUCUUGCCACCCACAGUGGGCAGCCUUGCCCUACCCAAGCUUGAGGGGUGUGGCACCUGACACUGAAGGUGCCAGUGGGUUUGGGGUCAGCCCUGGUCAUGUGCACCCCAAGGAACAGGCAUUAACCACUCAAUCUUAACUUUCCUGGUCAGGCUCUGUGGACAUGGCCCUAGGCUUGUUGGUAUCCCUGUCCUAAGGAGACUUGAUCCUGUGCCCCUCCUGCCAGCCCUGAAGGCCUGGUCUGGCCUCAAUGCCCCAGCUAGCAUUCUUCAUGGGUUAGGUGGGUACUCCAGGUCUUCCUGUCUGCCCCUCCCGGAUGGCCACUGUGGAAGGUCAGUGGUCAGGGCACCAACCAAUGUGAGCUGAGGUUGGGACAGGGCUCAGUCCUUCCCUGCUGUAGGGGACCUACCCAGCAGCUCACAAGAUGGUAGAGGCCUCCUCCACUGCAGGGAAUCAUGGGGCUGCAGACCAGCUGCUCUUGUUUCCAGCAGUCUGGGCCAGAGCAGGCCCCGUGCAACCCUGCACUUGCCAGGUGUGCUGACUAGUGAAGUACAGAAGCAUGGGGGGUGGGCGCCAUCAGGGCUCUGUCCAGGCGCCCAUCCCCUCCACCUGUGGCUGGCUUACCAGGCUGCCUCUGAAUCACUGCCUUGUAGGACAAUGGCCUCCUGGCACUUUCUGCACUCAGAUGGCACCUGCACCUGUUUCCCAGAGAGUGACCUGGGCCCAGCUGGCCAGGCCUUAUUCACCUGUGGCAAGGGAUCUGUAUGCCCUUGGCCACAUCAAGGAUCUUCAGAGGCCCAAGUCCUUCUUGAGGAGAGGGCAGGAAACAGGUUGGCAGGCAGGCAGCCAGUCAGCAGGGCCUGCUGCUGGGCCUCCCUCCACACAUGCCCUGGACCCCAAGCCCAGGCUGGACUCUUCAAUCCUGCAGGGCUCUUUUCUCAAGUUCUUGGAUGAGUGGGUUGGAGCCAUCCACCUGCUCUGAGCCCAGGUCACCUGGGCCACCAGAUCCUGUCACCUCCCCCCAGAGCAAGACUCCAGAACUGCAAGCAAUUUCCAUCUGGGAAAACUCAACUGGUACUGGAUGGCCUGCGCCCCAUCAUUGUGGUGAAAAAUGCUUCAUAAGUGACCCAACGUUACUUUUAUUUUUUUCUAAUGGUCCCUUCAAAGUACUAGUAAAAUUGAUGCUGUGUUGUAAAUGAAAAUAAAAGAUUUCAGGGCAAAUGCUGCUCUGCCCCCCCCCAUACAGAUGCAUGGGGAACUGUGCAUUUUAAUCAAAAUGUAUUAAUAAAAAUAUGC